UUCUCUUGUUUCAAUUGACUACUCCAGCGGCGUUCUUUUCCAAACAACUUAGGUUUCCGCUCUUAAGGGAAAGGAUAUUUUCAAAGAGUCUUUGCAAAGGGAUGGCUAAGGGAAAGCUUAUUGUAAUUUCUCAGUCGGGGGGAAAAUUUACAUUAAGUGAUGAUGGUUCCUUGUCAUAUUGUGGUGGAGAAGCUCAUGCUGUUAGUAUAAACACUGAAAGCAAAUAUGACGAGCUGAAAGCAGAACUGGCAGAGAUGUGGAAUUAUGAUCCUGAUUCCUUGACCAUUAAGUACUUUCUUCCACACAACAAUAAGACGCUUAUCACAGUUUCUAACGACAUAGACCUGCAACACUUGCUGGAUUUUCACGGAAACUCAGCAACUGUGGAUGUUUAUGUCUUAACAAAUGAGGAUCAAACAAGUGACCAGUUGACUAUGUCACCCAGUAGGUCCGGAUUGAUGGAUGAUCCUGUGACUCCUAGUUUUACUCAUGCUGCUUCUGUUUCUGGAGACACUGAGCAGCUUGAUUCGUUGGCUUCUCUUGCGAGAGAUAUUGACAUUCCAAAUAACUUUACUCCUGAAGCUCCCAAUGCUAGUGCACUUCAGAAACUUGUUAAAUCAUGGGAGAAUUGCUUAACUGGUCCGGGGCAACAGUUUAAUAAUGCUCACGAUUUUCGUGUUGCUUUGGACAAGUUCUCCAUGGCUCAUGGAUUUGAAUAUACAUUUAAGACUAACAGGCCUAAGAGUAAAAUUGCAAAUUGUAAAGCUGAAGGUUGUCAUUGGACCAUCCAAGCUGCAAGGUUAUCUACCACGAAGUUGUUUCGGAUUAAAAAGAUGAGUGAAACUCAUACAUGCGGAGCAGGAAAAGGUUCAUCUCGGCAUCCCAAGGUCUCUAGUACAUUGGUCCAUUUUCUGGUAAGGGAAAAAUUACGAGAUUCACCAAAUGCUAAACCAAGGGAAAUUAUUAAUGAAAUUCUUCAGGAUUAUGGAUUCAAAGCAAGAUAUGCACAGGUGUGGAGAGGACUAGAGUCUGCCAAAGAAAAGCCUCAAGUUCCAUAUGACGAGGGUUACAAUCAAUUACCUAGUCUAUUUAAGCAGAUCUUCGAGAACAAUCCUGGUAGCAUAGCAACACUAGUCACCAGAGAGGACUUAAGCUUCCAUCUUCUAUUUGUUGCAUUGCAAGCUUCAUUACAUGGCUUCAGGAAUGGCUGCCGCCCCCUCCUUUUCCUUGACAUUGUGACCAUAAAAUCAGAAUAUCAGUCUGAGCUGCUGACUGCUACAGCUUUGGACGGAAAUGAGGGCAUUUUCCCUGUUGCUUUUGCUGUAGUUGAUGUUGUCAAUGAUGAUAAUUGGCAUUGGUUUUUGUUGCAAUUGAAAUCUGCACUUUCAAUAUUCCAACCAAUAACGUUUGUGGCAGAUAGACAGGUUGGGUAUUUAAAGCCUAUUUCGAUGAUCUUUAAGAAUUCUCACCAUGGUUAUUGUCUCUAUCGUCUGAUAGAGGGAUUAAAAGGGGAUUUCAGUGGCUCAUGUACUGAAGAAGUUCUUCAAUUAAUUAUCACGCAUUUCUAUGAUGCUGCUCGCGCAACUACACUUAAUGGAUUCAGAAAAUCUAUUGAGAAUAUCAGAAAUAUUUCACCAGAGGCUUGUGAGUGGAUCUUGCAAAGUGGACCUGAACACUGGUCAAAUGCUCUUUUUCAAGGUUCACGAUAUGGACAUUUUUCUUCAAAUAUUGCAGAGACAUUUUAUAGUUGGGUAACUAAACUUCCAAUUAUACCAAUUGCUAAGUUGAUUGAGACCAUCUGCUGUAAGAUGAUGGAAUUGAUGAGUUCCCAAAAGUCAGAUUCAAGCCAGUGGUUGACAAAAUUAACUCCUGCGCUGGAAUUCAAAUUAGAACAACAUAUUCUGAAAGCUAACAUGCUUCAAGUGCUAGUGUCACUCGGUAGCACUUUCGAAGUCUGUGACAGUUUGGGUGCAAUAUCUGUAGUGAACAUUGAUCUCUGGGAUUGUAGCUGCAGGGAAUGGCAACUGAAUGGUUUUCCGUGUUGCCAUGCAAUUUCUGUCCUACAGCAAUUGGGAAGGAGUUUAUAUGAUUAUUGCUCCGACUACUUCACAACCGAUGCUUUCCGGUCAACAUAUUCAAACUCUAUAAACCCAGUUGCAAUGCCAGAUAUGGCUGUGCAAAAGAAAUCCUCCACAAUUGAAGUACGGCCGCCUGCUCUCCGUCAUGUCUCUGAUCCUUCCAAGAGGAAAAGGAAAAGAAACACACAUAAAGGACCCUCUAAGCGGCUAAUGCAUUGCAGCAAGUGCCAAGGAGGUGGACACAAUCGACAAACAUGCCAUCUAUUCACAAUCGACAAACAUGCCAUCUAUUCUCGUAGUUUAAUCGAAGUUGCUUCGGAUAUGUAAGAUUGCUGUCGAUAAAGCUAGAUCAGAUUAUGUAAUUUAGGGGUGGUCUUGGGAGUUAUUGAUUACUAGGGAUAAGAUGGAGCAGGAUAGAAACGAGUAACCUUAGCUGUUGUGGAUACUCAAAUUUUGGAUUGCUAAUGUUUCUGUAUCAUUGUAGGGUUUAAUCGUAAACCCAGUGUCAUGAAUGUUGUAUUUGAGUUUUGUCUUUUGGUUCGAAAGUGUACUUUAGGAUUAAAAGAUAAAUUUAAGGUUAAAUUAAACCAUUGACCACUCAAUUAUAUAGUCAUUUUACUUUUGUCA